AUGCGCAGGGGCUGUCGUUCUCUCAGCCCCGGCCAGUCGCCGCUCCUACAACUGGUGUUAUUACUGAUCGGUGAGGAAGCGCUUGCGUUCCACUUCGUAGGGCGAUCUUCGCUCUCACCCUCCUACUCGUGGCGUCCCGAAUCUCGGGACGUCGGCGCCGAAUGUACUACAGCAGGAUGCCCACGAUGGAUGGACGUCCGGUGCGAUCACGUCCUGUGCUUCUUGGGUUUGGGAAACAUCGUCGUCGUGCUUUCCGACUCGUCAUCUAUCUUCUCGGGCACCACGUACUCGUUUUCUCUCCGCAUCGACGUCACCACGACGUUGCUUCUUCUCCUCCUCCUCCUUCUUCUUCUUCUUCCUCUUGUUGGUCCUGUCGCGGGGCACCUGUCAGGCCCCAACCCAACCCAAGAGCAGUGGGACGUUUACCGAUGCCGAGGCGGCGACGCGGGAGCACGUAUACUGUAGUCAUUGAACUGCCCCAAGAG